AUGUAGUUUUUUUAUUCAUUGCCAUAGACAUAUUACAUCUAUACAAUCGUCUCUAAAUUGGUUGCCAACAGUUUCCACAUGCAAUUCAAGGAGAUAGUUUUAACUUACAAAGCCUAUAUGGACCAACAAAAAUCAACGUGUCCAAUUCAAUCCUCCCAGGAGAAGCUACUGGCAGUACCAUUUUCUAGAAGAGGACUUAAGGCCAGUAAAGGCAGCAUGUCAGACAUACACUUAAGAACAGCCUCCCCUCCAGUGAUGGUCUUGUGAAAGAGGCACUCUUCUUGUUGAUGUUGUUGCAUCAGAAGUUGAUCUGUAUUUAUAUAUUUAUUUUAUUGCAGGAUAGUCCACAUUACUUAUUUUCUACUGUAGAUAUUUUAAUAUCUACUGAACUAUCUUUUCAUUGUUGUAAGCUACUGGGAAUCUGGGAAGAUUCAAUAGCACACCAGCACAAUGAUAGGGCCAUAAACAUUGACCUCUGCUGUCCAUCAGAGCUUUGGUGAAUUAAGGCUUUUCACAUAACAAUUUCAAUAAGAUAGAGAAGGUAUAGACUAGGCUACCACCCUUAAUCAUUCUCAUGCCACAUACAGUAUUCCCAGCUAAUGGCAAGGACAGCCAGUCAAUCCUGACAGAUUUUGGCCAGCAUACUACAAGCAAAAUCUAAGUCCAAUUUUAUCCCAAGCACAGUCACACUACAGUAUUCUAUACAAGCUAGGUCUCUAAUCUACAGACUACCUUGCAGAUCAACAUACUGUUGCCUGUAUCCCACCAUCUAGGAGGUACUUGCAAAAUGCAAGUGCUUUUAUUGGUUGAUGUUUUGAAAUCUAUUUUCCUAGAGCAGUUAAAUGAGCAUGCCUUUAUUUUAAAAUUGUUUUUGUUUUCUUAGUUGGUAUACUGGUAUUGCCAAGGCCUUUAUCAUCAUCCCUAUAUUCAAGUGUGAACCCGGCACCUGUUGCUAUUGUUAAGCCAAUCAUGACUUUCUUUUUCUAAUUUUGCUUGGGAACUGUACACUCACUCCAUUUCUCUGGAUCAUCAUCAUCAUCUUACAUUUCCUCUGAGGCAUAAAUUGACAUCCUUGGAUCUCUCUUCAUUUAAUCCCCAAAUCCAUUCUGUUGGACAUAUUGGGCUGAAAGGUGGUGACUGGCCCCAAGUCACCUAGUGAUUUCUAAGGACAGAUGGCAACCUGAAUCUGGUUCUCACUGAAUACCUUAACUAUUGAACUACACCAACUCAAUACAAUUCAUCAUUUUUAUGAGGAGUUUUUGAGUCAGCCAUUCCAUUAUGGUCAGUAUAUAUCAUUAGCUCUUUUUUCCCUCCUUAAUUUUCUAUGCUUUUCCUAAUCGGUUUACUUUCCAUUGUCACUGUAAUUUGCCUGCCCUUCUUGAGCAAUUCACAGCUUCGCCCACAUUGUGUUCUGUGGUUUCUCUGGCACUUCGGCAUGAACGAGACCAAAAAAAAAAAAAAAAGGCGUUUUUACUAACCAAUCAGGAAUAUCUUUAAAACCGAGUCCAUCGCAAGCCCCCGUGAACGUUUACUGUUGUGCAACCAAGCCGAGUCAGGCGAAAAGAGGACUCAACCCAGAAGCGAAGUCUCCAUCAAGUACAGUACAGCCUGGAAGCGGUCUUUAUGCAGAUAGCCCGUUCUCCGAACAGGGACUCAGUCUAACCGCGGCCCACCCGUGCUUGUGGCCUGGGAUGCGGCUUGCGUGGCCGCUGGGCUGCGCGAGCUGUGGGUGACCGCGCCAUCCUUUGGGAUCCCGGCCCCUCCUCUAUCCCGACGGGCCCCGGCAGCGGUUGGACAGGGCAGGGUAGGGCAAGGCAGGGCAGGGCAGGGCAAGGCAAGCAGCUGGCCUGCGUGAACCCUACCCUUCGCCCUCUGACCCAGGGAAAGAGGCGGCACCGCUCACUCGCUCCCACUCAGCGGCGCCGGUUUAGGCAACAUGGGGAAGGCGGAAGUGGGGCCUCGGCUCGGCGGCUGGAGCGUCUCGGCCGAAGGAAGGGAGGCGGCUGGGCGACCGUGUUGCUGAGCUCCCGCGCGGCUUGUCCUCCUUCCCGUCUUUCUCUCUCCAGCCUCUUUUCUCCCCCAGGGCUCCCGAGGGGCAACCAGAAAGCUGUACCGGGGAAGGGCGGCCUGGCAGAGCCCCGGCGGGGUGGGUCCAGUUUACCUCAGCAGGAGCUUGUUCCGUGUCUUCGGUAGACCCAGACCCUUGGACGCAGCUAGCUCUUGCCUGACUCCCCCACCCCUGUUCGCAUUGUAAGAGGCGAGGUGUAGGUUGCUUCGCGAGUUGUUGCCGGAGAGGAUGCAGAGCAAUCUUGACGGGUGUUAGUCAGGGGAAGUGCAAAAUUGCCCUGGGGAGGCGGGGAGGUUUCUUAUUGAAGCCCGUAGUCUCCGGUCGGGUUUGGGUGCGGGUGAAAAUCGGGUGGGUAGAGAAUAAAAUAAAAUACUCUCUUGAAUAGAGAAGUAUGGAGGAGUAGAAGUAUCUAAGAUCACAGAGGAAUGCUGGAAAUUAACAUCGGAGAAAAGAGUUUGAAGGGACGACGGUCAGCUAAACUAGGAAACCUGGCCCACUUCGUUAAAGCUGGUCAACGAAUACCUUGAGAUUUGCCUAGAUAUCUGGAAGGCUCUAUCAGGCUUCCCCACUGUUAAAUGUACUUUUUGAGACAAUAAUUUAUUUUUGUGGCUAUUGCUACUUGAAAUCCCCCCCUUCAUUACUAUGUUGGCAGAGCAAGCCCAAAAGUGGUUCCCAACUCAUGUGCAGGUUACAGUCCUUCAGGCCAGAGGUCUCAAGCCAAAGGGCAAAAGUGGCACUAAUGAUACAUACACUAUCAUACAAUUGGGAAAAGAGAAAUACUCCACUUCAGUGGCAGAGAAGACCCUUGAUCCAAUAUGGAAAGAAGAAGCUUCAUUUGAGUUGCCUGGAUUGUUGAUGGAAGGGAACUCCGAAAAAUACAUCCUCUACCUGAUAGUCAUGCACAGGUCUCUUGUUGGGCUUGAUAAGUUUCUGGGACAAGUGGCAAUUAAUUUAAAUGAUAUUUUUGAGGACAAACUGAGAAGGAAAACAGAAUGGUUUACUCUAGAGUCCAAGCAAGGGAAACGAACUAAAGACAGAGGUGAGAUAAAAGUCAACAUUCAGUUUAUGAGAAACAACAUGACGGCAAGCAUGUUUGACCUGUCAGUUAAGGACAAAACUAAAUCUCCUUUUGCUAAAUUAAAGGACAAAAUGAAGGGUCGUAAGACAGAUGGAACAUUUUUGGAUACAUCCUCUGCAAUCAUUCCAAGUACUCAUAUGCCAGAAACUAGCAAUACAAGUUCCCUCAAUGAAUUACAGUUAAAAUCAAAGCCAAAAAAGCCUUUUCUUUUGGGACCUCAGCGACUCUCUUUGGCUCACUCAAUGUCUGAUCUAACUGGACCUCAGAUAACUUCAGAAAAAAUAAAAUCAGGCACAAUUGGCAACAUAUACCUCUUCAGACGUCAGCUUGAGUCUGUUGGUUCUGAGGAUGAAAGUGGAAAUCUAAAAUCUCCACACAGGCGGACAUUAAGUGCAGAUACCACUAAAGUGAAUCAGCUAGACAACACAAUUGAUGACAGUGACUCAGCUUUUGUAGCUCAAAAUGACCCUUUUACAAAUGUGAGUGCUUCAUUGCCUCAAAAGUUUGCCACAUUGCCAAGACAGAAGAAUCCAUUUGAAGAAAACCCUUUAUCAUGGGAACAAAAUAUGGGCCUGUUUUCAAAACCUCCUGAAAUAAAAAAAGACAUUAAGAAAGAAAAAAAGGAGAAGGUUAGUCUCUUUGAAAGAGUAACUGGAAAGAAAGAUGGUAAACGAUCAGAUAGACUUAGUAAUGGAGGAUCUGAAGGCUCCUCUGACUUGAAAUCACCCAGUGCUUUUGCUGAAAGUCAUCAGGACAGCUUUGAUUUUGAUUCCACUAAUCCUUUUACAACAAACUUCAAGCCAAAAACUGUGCUGCCAUCUAGUCUUAAUGUGAAUUCUGAAAACUCUGAAGAAUUUCAAAAAACAGUGGAUGGAAAUCCUUUUGAUGCUGCAACAGGAUAUCAUAAUCUUACAUAUGAAGAGGUCUUACAGGAGUUGAUGAAACACAAAGAACAACUUAAGAAAAAAGAUACCCACAUUCGUGAACUUGAGGAUUAUAUUGACAAUCUUCUAGUACGAGUAAUGGAAGAAACUCCAAGUAUUCUACGUGUACCAUAUGAACCUUCUCGUCGAGCUGGCAAAUUUUCAAAAACCUAAGCCAAUGCCAACAGUCCUUGGUAUUAAUUAAGAGGAUGGAUUGCUUAGUGCAGUGUUUUGAUAUUGUAAAUUUCAUGUCCAUGCUUUAUCCUGAGAGUGUUUGACUCCAAACUUCAGUUGGUAUUGUCAGUUCUUGAAAUCUAUAUAUAAACUCCAGGUUUUCUAAGGUGAAAUGUAAGAUCCUUUUGCUGCAAAACAUCCCUUUACCUUGAACAUGUACAUCCUGGUCUGUUUUAUUUUCAAAAUAUUAUAGCUAGCUUGGAUAUCACUGUACAGUAGUCAUCCAACAUACAUACUUGAAUAUUUAUUUUGCACUUCAAUUAAUCACUUUGAAGUUACAGCAUGCUGUCAGAGUGAAUGUACAUAACCAGAAUGUGUUUUGCAGCUCUUAAUAUGAAGGAAAAUGUGAUAAUGUUGUAUUUUAGAAAUCACUAAUACAUGAGGGGAUAAUACAUCUUUGCAUAAGGAAGUGGACAGUAUUGAUCCUUAAUGUAGAACUUAUUUGAAACAAUUAUAUUUGUGCUCUUGAAGAAAUACGGGCUUUUGAAAUGGCAAAUUCCAUAAUCUGUAUGGAUGGAAAAGGUCUUAGUAUAUAAAGGUACAGCAUACCAUUGGGUUAAGCACACGUAUGUAAUUUUAAAAAGAGUAAUAAAGCAGAAGAAACUAAUGAAUAAUACCUCAUUUGUUUAGACUAUAAAAGGUAUGGGGAGAAAAGCUGACAGGGAUGUAACAUUCUAAAUAGUAUGUCAAGUCAGCCUAUACAUGUGUGUUUAGGGGGAGAUGUGUGUGUGCAUGCACACACACAUGCAAGUACAUAACCAAUGCAUAAUUUGGGUUCUGCAAUAUUUCAAACGGGAAAUUGAGAUUUACUUGUUUGUAUUUGCCAAUAUAGGAAAUUAUUUUUUAAAAUAGAUUGCAAUUAUUUCAGUACUGUAUUCUGUGUCAGAGUCAAAUAUUGUCCUUCAUUAAAGAGUGAUGGAUAUAUUUGAUUCAGCAUGUCUCUGACUAGAUAACGUUUAUGUACAUUGUUGUGUGUCUAUUUCAAAGUGGUAAAUGCAAUUUUAAUGGAAAAUAUUGCCAUAAAGAAAAUAUUGUUUACUAUACUGUAAUCAAACAGUUCCUUUAUUUUAUAAAAAUUUCAGGCAGAAUGUUUGCUAGUGUGAAGUGCAAAUAGGCUUAGACAUAAGAUGGAUGCAAUGUUGGGAAGAAUUGAAUGGUUUUUUGUUCAAUUUUCUUUUCCUUUUGAUUGUGUAAUACACAUUUUACAUACACAAACAUAUUGACGAUUUCUAUGGAGAAAAAUGGGAAAAUAUUUUCCCUUUUUCAGAAUAAUAAUAAACUUCAGAAAGUUUUGAUUUUGAUAAUGUAUUAUUAAUCAAAACCCUUUUGUAACUGAAAUAGAAUAGAUUAGUAGUAUUAUCAGAAGGAGCAAGAAUUUCUUCUUAAAUAUCCUCACCCACAUUAAGCAGCAUCUUGUGCCAUGAACAGAGAUCCCAUUUCAAUUAUUAGGCUUUGGUUUAUUUUUCUAUAUGGUGUGGAAUACACAAAUAAAACUACUUGAAGUAGUUUGCAUACAAUUUUUCCUCUGUAAUUCAAAUAAAGGACAAAUCCUAAGCUCUCCUUUAUUUGUUAAUAUUAACUUAUGCAUUUAAAAUAGAUGUUUAUUUUCACAGUUUGUACAGAAUAUAUUUUAAAAAUCAGUUGGUGAUUUAAAGCUUACAGAUGUUGCACAGUAACACAGUUAAUGACUUCCACUUAUAUUAUUUAAACUCUUGGCCCAUUAAUGUUUAAUCUGAAAUUCCAUUAUAUUAAAUUCAUUAGGCCCUUUCUUACAAGUGUUCCUCAAAUAUACCAGCUGAGUGUAAACCACAGUAUGUACUGAAUUUUUAAAAUAUUUAACUUUUUAAAACUUUUUAAGUUUUCAAAUUAUCUCUAUCAAUCUUAAUGGGAAGUAUCAACAUGCUGGAGUGUAAAGUGUUUAAUUCUUAGCAGAAUUAAAAUGAAAUUAAGUUUUAUGAAGGGUUUUGUUUUGUUUUGCAUAUAUUCUCUAGUUUAUUUUCUAUU